AUGAUGGAAGUAGAAUCAGAAACUCAAGAGCUCUGUCUUCACAUCAAUGGGGAACCUGCAGAGAAAUUUUCAACAGAACAUACAAGUCACGACUAUUCGCAGACUUUACGAGUGUCUCUCUAUGUCAUUCUCCUCUUAGCUGGAGAGACAGUAGCCACUCUCUUAGAGUGUUUUAUACUCUUUUGGAUUACUCUACCUUCCUGUCUCAACUUUCUCUUUGAUCUCUGCGUCACAAUUGGCUUUUUUAACGCCGUCUUCUCUUACUUCUUCAACUCACAAAAGUUCACUCCUUUUAUACUCAAUUCACUUGUUCUCUUGACCAUAUCUUCAACACUUCUUGUCAUUCAACAUGAGUCUGAACCUUCUUCUUCGGAGUCCUCCCCCAAAUCCAAUUACGCGAUUGGAUACGCCUGCGCGAUUGGUAGCUCAGCUAGUUACUCUCUGAAAUGGAAGAGUUUAAACUUGGGAAAAGCUCUUUACAUUUUGAUAAAUAUCGGUUCGACGAUAUCAUGGCAAGCUUUUUCGAUUGGUAGUUUGGGUUUGAUCCUUGAAGUUUCGUCACUUUUCUCAAAUGUUAUAGGCACUCUUGGUUUACCUGCUAUUCCUGUUCUCGCUGUCCAUUAUGUCGAUGAUCCAAAACCAGAAAAAGUGCAAGAGCUUCCUCAACCUGAAGAUGCAGAAGCACAAGAAGAUAACAGUCAUGAUCUGUUUGUGGGAAGUCUUCGUAGAGCGGCCAUGGAAAGAACUCAAGAACUCUAUGUCAAUGCUCAGCAGAACUUAGAAGCAAACCAAACAGACCACGAGGAAAUGAAUACCGCCAUGGAGAUUGAAUCAUCGUCCAUACCUCAAUCGAAGAGGUGGCUUCGUAUCUCCAUUUAUGCAUUCUGUGUCCUCUCUUGCCAAGCACUUUCUACAAUUCUAGGCAGAUUGUACUAUGAAAAUGGUGGUAAAAGCACAUGGAUGGGAGCACUUGUUCAAAUAAUAGGCUUCCCUGCUCUGUUUCUCUUCCGCUUCUUUACCCUAACCAAAAAUCCCAAAUCAACAGUUGCAGAUUUCAUACAGUUCCCUUCUUUCAUCACCCUUGGAUCAGUUUACAUGGUCACUGGACUGUUAGCAUCUGCUAUUACUUAUAUGUACUCAGUCGGGUUGCUUUACUUACCGGUUUCUACUUUCUCCCUCAUCUUGGCCUCACAAUUAGCCUUCACUGCUUUCUUCUCCUACUUCCUAAACUCUCAAAAGUUCACUCCUUUCAUAGUGAAUUCUCUAUUUCUCCUUACUAUUUCCUCUGCUCUCCUCGUGGUCAACACCGAGUCGCAAAACACAACAAAGGUUUCUAGAGUAAAAUAUGUAGUAGGGAUCAUAUGUACCAUUGGUGCUUCUGCUGGUACUGGACUGCUGCUAUCUCUGGUACAACUAAUCCUUAGGAAAGUUUUAAAGAAGCAUACAUUCUCAACGGUCAUGGACAUGGUUGCUUACCAAUCUCUAGUUGCAAGCUGUGUGGUUCUCAUAGGACUUUUUGCAAGCAAGGAAUGGAAAACUUUAACAAGUGAGAUGAUAAACUACAAACUUGGGAAGGUACCAUAUGUUUUGACUUUGGCCUCGACAGCUAUUUCAUGGCAAGUCUACACCAUUGGUGUUGUGGGAUUGAUCUUCGAGUCAUCUUCUGUGUUUUCCAAUUCCAUAAGUGCUGUGGGAUUGCCUAUAGUUCCAAUUGUAGCAGUUAUAUAG